AUGCGUCACCUCCUUCUGCUAGGACUCCUCGCGGUCAACCUCCUCUUGUUCGCCGAGUCCUUCAUCCUUCCUCCUGGCUACGCUCCCCCGGUCUUUCCUGCGCUUCCUCUGCCGCACCUCCCGCUACUGGGUGUUGUGAACGACGGCGGGCUCAUGCCUCUUCUGGUGUCUACGUUGAUGGCGAUGCACGCCGGCACCAUCAUAGCUCUCUUCGUUACCGGAACCUACCGCAGGAGAAGGUCAGCCUCGGAGGACCUUGCGGAUCCCGUGUACCUCAUCAUGGCCACCGUCAGCCGUCUGGACACUCACGGCUGCAUCUUGAAGUUACUGUGCCAGCUGAGAGCCGAUUCCCCCGACAACCUUUCAGCAGAAGAGCGGAUUAUCGUGGAAAUCUUCGCCGAUCACGUCGAUCUUUUCGCCAAGAACGGGGCCGGCGAGUCCUCUGCCCUUAGUGAGGACGGCCAAUUGCAGAACCAGAAUGUGUGCACCUCUUCUGCUGAUCGCUGUCCGAUUGCAGGAGAUCUGUUGAGAAAUCUGUCACGGCAUGUCUGGGGGAGCAGCUUCUUUUAAGCCAAGACCAUCAACAGUAGAUCAUAUAAUGCUGGUUCUGAUAUAUUUAAGGUGUAAGGAUGUUCGUGACAGUUCACUUUCUUAUCGUAGGGGGAUUCUUUCCAGUCCAGUGAUGCGUAUUUAUCCAUACAUAUACUUAGACCGUGCCCCCCCAUUAUAAGGAUGGUUUUCGAGACAAGGCCCCUCCCAUUUCUCCCUCAUCAAACGUCUCCUUUCCUUUUAACGUUCAUCCCAACUCCUACAGAGCCACGAUAGACUGUUCUGUUUAUGAUGCUGGUUAUGAUGAAACAAAAAGGGGGCAUGAAAUCAUUUUUAUUCAUAUGGAUAUAUAGAUAUUGCACUUAUUUCAUCCCAUCUGUAUAUAUUAACCCCUAUCAUGGAUCUCAAUCACACAGGGCGUUUAUUUACAUAGUUUAAGCUUUAACAUCCUUCACAU